GCGUAAGAUCGUCGUGGUGUAAACAUUGGCCGGCAUUUUCCCUGUUUUCAGAAAAAUCAUGACGAAGUCCAUCGACCUGAGCGACCCGCAUACAACUGAAACUAAGAAACCUGAGCUGGACAUCAGUCACGAGAUUGCUGUUGACAGACUCACCGAUACCAUCACUAGUGAUGGGGACGAGAAUAAGACGCGUGGGAAUUGGAGCAACAAAUUGGAUUUUAUAUUAUCCUGUAUCGGGUAUGCGGUAGGACUCGGAAAUGUCUGGCGAUUUCCAUAUUUAUGCUUCUCCAAUGGCGGAGGAGCAUUUCUUAUACCAUACAUCAUCAUGUUAACACUGGCUGGCCUGCCUCUGUUUUUCUUGGAAUUGGCAUUCGGUCAGUUCUCGAGUGUUGGCUGUAUCAGUGUCUGGCGAAUCUCACCAAUCUUCAAAGGUAUUGGAUACGCAAUGGUCAUCAUGACUGCGUUGGUGUGCUUGUAUUACAACAUCAUCAUUACAUGGACAAUAUUCUACAUAUUCGCCUCGUUGUCACAAAUUCCCAGCUUACCCUGGGUAAGCUGUGGCAAUUCAUGGAACACCGAGCUCUGCUUCGACGACAAGAUCAGCGUGAACCAAACACUGAAUAGCACAGAUUCCAACUACAUUAUUUCUGAUGUUGUUAUUGGGAAUAUGGAAACCACGACUGGAGCUUCGGUAUUAGACGUUAUCUUGAACAGCACUUUGUAUAACGGCACUAUCAAGGAGAAUGUGUACAACCUGAUGCAUGUCACUCCUAAUGUGACGAACUCUACGAGCAAUGCCACCAAUCAGAUUAUUAAAAGACCCAGCGAAGAGUAUUGGGACAAUCACGUUCUUCAAAUCACCGAUGGCAUCGAUAAUCUAGGAGGCAUCCGAUGGGAGCUUGUUGGUUGUUUUGCUCUGGCUUGGGUUGUUGUAUUUCUCUGUAUUGUCAAGGGAGUUAAGUCAUCAGGAAAGGUAGUAUACUUCACCGCCUUGUUCCCAUACUGCGUAUUGAUUAUUCUAUUCUUCCGAGGUGUCACACUUCCAGGAUCUAUGAACGGUGUUCUGUUUUAUAUCACACCAAAAUGGCACAUACUACAAGAAGCCAGAGUAUGGAAGGACGCUGCUGCCCAGAUCUUUUAUUCGUUGGGCAUUGCAUGGGGUGGCUUACAAACAUUAGGUAGUUACAAUAAGUUCCACAAUAACUGCCAUCGAGAUGCCCUUAUUGUUGCCUUCUGUAACUGUGGUACCAGCGUUUUUGCCGGCUUUGUUAUUUUUUCCAUCAUUGGAUUCAUGGCCCACGACGCAGGUGUCAAUAUACAGGAUGUUGCUGAACAAGGGGCAGGGUUGGCUUUUGUGGUGUAUCCAGAGGCAGUUGCCAGGUUACCGGUAUCUCCAUUAUGGGCAUUCCUCUUCUUCUUUAUGUUGUUUACACUUGGGUUGGACAGCCAGUUUGUCAUGAUGGAAACUUUGAUCACAGCGAUAAUGGACGAGAUGUCGUUUAUGUCAGGAAAAUUAAGGAAGAACAAAGUCUGGGUAACCCUGGCAACCUGUAUUAUCUUUUUCAUUGUUGGAUUACCCAUGGUUACAAAGGGAGGAAUGUACAUAUUACAACUAAUGGACUGGUAUGCCGCUAGCUUUUCGCUUAUGACAGUUGGAUUUUUGGAAUGUGUUAUCAUAUCAUAUGUUUAUGGAAUCAAUCGUUUCUGUGACGAUUGUGAAGUAAUGAUUGGAUUUCGUCCAAAUAUUUACUGGAGAUCAUGUUGGAUGGUUGGAGCCCCAUUUAUUCUUGGGUUUAUCCUGAUAUUCAGCUUCGUGUCGUACACGCCAUGUUCGUAUGGUGACUACGUAUAUCCAGCUUGGGCCGAAGCCUUGGGAUGGGUUAUGGUGAUGUCGUCGUUAGUUGCUAUUCCAGUAUAUGCCAUUUAUCACUUGAUUAGGAAGCAAAAAGGAACCUUUAUGCAGCGAUUACGACAAAGUGCGAAGUCAAAGCAGUCCUGGGGGCCAGCUUUGCCAGAACAUCGCAAGCUGGCUGGAUAUGGGCCAAUGCGCCAAAAGACGACACCUCCCCCUUCCUAUCUGGACGUUGUCUACUGUCAGGUUGAAAACCAUAAAGAGGGAACAACGAAGGAUGCAGGACACGAGGAAACACUGUUCUAAUAAAACAAAUUUUACCCUGGAACCACGACGUUGUACGAGCGGGGUGCCAACAUCCAGUGACCAGAUUGUGUCCUACAAUGCCAUGGUUCCAGGCCAAUGAGACGCGUAUAUUUCUGAUAAGUUACAAUAUGGCUGUCGCUGGCAACAUGACCUUCAGAUGCUUUGUGUGGCAAAGUAAUAAAAUGUGCAACAAUUGCCAUUUUCUUUUUUUUCUGGUACUCUUAAAAAAACAAAACUAGAAUACUGUGUAUUUAACGAGGUUGGUGCUCUUUAUAAGAUCUUUGAUUUAUUAGUAUUUCACACGUCAGAAACAAUGUUGCUAUACAUACGCUAUUCCAUGGAAUAUUAGUUCAAGUUAUCGUCCAUAUUAGGGUGUCUUUGCUAAUGUGUACUGAAUUUCACAUUUUGACCAAAUUUUGAUUUCAACUUGACAAAUCGUAUUAUAGUCCACUUUAUUUUGUGUUGUUGCUUUGCUGUAACGUCUUCCAUAUUGCUAUGUAAGCAGAGCUGGUAUUUGUUGUACAUGUGUAUUGUCCUAGCUAGAGGAUUAGAGGAUGGAUACACGUUUAUCAAUGCAAUUGGCACGAUGGGUAUUGGUAUUACAUUUUAUUGAAAAGAUUAUAUUCUUAUACAAUUUCAUAUUGGUAAAUAAUAAUUUUGAAUAUUUACUUAUUUGGAUAUCAUAUCGGCUCUGGCUUGUUUGUUUGUUCGUAUCUGUCAAGGGAACAGUGCAUACUUGCAGUUAGUGAAAAACUAGAUGCAACCAUUCAUGAUUUUGAAAUUUGUAAAGCACAUAUGGCUCUCGUGAGAAAUGAACUCUGCAUAAACGCACAUCAUUCCAGGCGAAAAUACUAUUAUGUGAUGUUCACACACAAAAAUGUGAUAUAAAAAUAUCCUUUUUGUUUAUUUUAUGGAUAAUUCAAUUUUUCCUGGAUCAAAACAAAUUCAGUUUGAUCCAAGUAGACGCGAUGAAUUUUUAAGUUAUUUCGAUGAAUUCUUCUGUUAUUUCUGUAAUCCAUUGCUUCCAUAUUUUAUUAUUGUUAAGUAAUGAAAGGUAUGGUGAUAGGAAGUUUUUCAAAAUCAAAUUACAAAGUGUAAUUUCGUUAUCUGAUAUUCAUUCAGGCAAAUUUUAGGUUGAUUAGAGAAUUAUUAUUCAGAUUAUUUUUUAUUUUCAAAUUCCUACUGUUAAUGCACCAUAAUGACGUAUGUAUACAGCGAAUCAAUGCAAGCCUUGUGUCAGAUUUAGUUAUAUUUUUUCGCUGAAUUGGAGCAGCUUCGGCCUUAAGCAAUGUACAAUGCAACUUUUUGUUCUUCAGCGGUAAAUCAUAUUUUUGUAAAGAAAAAAAAAGUUAAUUAUAUGUAGUGGCGCUGCAUUGUGCCCCCCCUCAUUUUUUCAGUAACUUCUGUUUUAUUUUAUGUAGAACAAUCCUUAGAAGGGUACUUUUCUGCCAUGUUUUUGUUUUUAAUAAUUAAGUUUUUAAUUAUAUCCAAUCAUUUCUAUUUCUGUAAAUUUCUUAUUUGUACAGUUUGUUUUUGUUGAAUAUUUUGUUUUAAUUUGAUUGUUUUAUUGAUAUACCGUACAGUGUAUUGCGUAUUCUUCUAUGGGCGUCAUGUGGUGUGUGUCACCAUAGUAACCAGGAAUGGAUUGCCAAGGAUUGUUUGUAUCCAAUGGCAUCACUAGGAGAAUAAACUUUGUUUCCUUAUUUGUUCUGUAAAUAUAUUUGGGGUCAGAGUGUUCUGUGUAUUUGAAAAGGCAACAACGGAAUGAUUAGUGUGUACUAUCUUCUACUUCGUUAUUUGAACAUUGUAUCAUUUUCAUUUAUUUUGAACACAGAUGCUUGUAACCUAAUUGAAAAUUUUCUAGAGAAAAUAGUCAAUGCAAUUUUAUCUGUUGAAACUUCUGAAUAAAAAAAAAACUCUUGAGUAUAGACCGUCUGUUCCAUACAAAGUAACUGCUGCUCUAUUGUCAUGACAUGUGAUCCUGAGAGUAAACUCGUAAUACUUGC